AUGGGGCGCCGAAGCAAGAAGUAUAAGCCUGAUCAUCCACAGAUGACAGCCGAUAUAGGCAAUUUGCUAGGGAGGCCGCAAUCCUUGCAGGGACCUUUUAUGGUAUCUCUGUUGAAUGGAAUCUCCCGCACGUCCAGCGAGGAAUCCCUACCAGUGGAAGCAGAGCAUGAAGUGACACCGGAGGCAGAACUCCUCACUCAACUCCAAAGCCAGUCGCAUUACCGCUCUCGAGCAGCAAUUAUCUACCAUACAGCAUUCACAAAAGCAAAACCAGGAACACAUUACGGUUUUAGAGGAUAA